AUGUACGAUUUAAAAGUUUAUCCCAAUUUCACGCUUAUCGGCGUCGGGGAUAAAAUCGUUUUCUUCACACCGCAAGGUACGCAACAGCACGAGCUAGUGCUGUCCCCAAGCGAAAGCUCGCCGAAAGAUGGAGCACAGAACAACAACCCGCCUCAAGUCGUGACCCUCGAGUACUGUUCGGUUUCGAAACUGAUGGCCGUGUCGGCCGCCGAUAAAACAUUGCGUUGUUUUAAAAUUGAGGAGAACGAAGGAACAAUCACCACGGUGCCGGUGGGCGAGUGCCUAGCAACGGCGAGAACGAUCGCUUGCAUGAAAUUCGCCCCGAAGCACGGCCUGCUGUUUGGAUGCGACAAAAGCGAAUGCUUCGAGUACAAUAUGCUGGCGGAACCGGAAAAGCGCUCCAAGUGGGUUUUGGGCCACAUGAGUCUGAUACUGGACAUUGCUAUAAGUCCAGACGAACGGUACAUCAUAACGUGUGAUCGGGACGAAAAGAUCAAAGUUACGUCCUAUCCGGACUGCCACAACAUUGUCUGCUACUGUCUGGGCCAUCGCGAGUACGUGGUGGCACUUGCGUUCCUAGCACCGAAAAAGCUACUGUCCGUAGCUGGGGACAAAACGUUACGUGUGUGGCAAUUUGUUGAAGGAAAAGAGAUCGUUACUCAUCGACUGCAAAACCCAGCCAUUGAUGUUACGGUUCAACGAGCGAAGCUGGACGAUCACGAUGGUACGCUUUGUGCGGUGACAAGUUACGGUGGCAACGAGGUAGAAGUGCUGCACAUUGCCGACGAUCCUUCCCACAAGUGUACUUCCUACGAAACACUAUCGAUCGAUGCGAGUUUCACGAUUUUAAAAGCAGUCCUCAGUUCUUCUCUUGAGCUUUACCUGUUGGCCUGGCGGAAAGAAGAUAAAAUGGUGGAGUUGUUGGUCUACGAGUUCAUGGAUCAAGAACGCCAGUUCCGGUUAAACGUUGAUCAUGCUUUGCGGAAGAACUUUCAGAAACACUUUCAGUCGGUCACGAUCUCUCAGCCUAGAGAUCAUUCUACGCUCUUCAAGAACAGCAUCGACAAUUUGUCCGACUAUUACGAACGGAAGAAGCAAAAAAUUGGCAAAAAGACAGUGGAAUAA